UUCCUCAACUUACGGCAGAGCUCGGAACCCUGCUUCAGAUUCUCACUGCGCUAGAGAGGAAUGUCGCAAGGUUGGGGUAGAAAACUCUGGGUUUGCGACUGUAGCUCUCGCUUUCCGGCCAAUACUGAGGUGCCUGAAGGCUGGUUGGGGUUGGUGAGGCCCGAGGCAGAGGACAGAAGAGACCAAUGAGUUGAAAAAACAGACAUAUUUUAGCUACUGGAAUUUCUGACCAGCCCUGGUCAGCACAAGAUGGACCCUGUGGUCUUGAGUUACAUGGACAGUCUACUACGGCAGUCAGAUGUCUCGCUGUUGGAUCCUCCAAGCUGGCUCAAUGACCAUAUUAUUGGAUUUGCCUUUGAGUACUUUGCCAACAGUCAGUUUCAUGACUGCUCUGACCAUGUCUGCUUCAUCAGUCCAGAAGUUACCCAGUUCAUCAAGUGUACUAGCAACAAAGCAGAGAUUGCCUUGUUCCUUGAACCCUUGGACCUCCCCAACAAGAGAGUUGUAUUUUUAGCCAUCAAUGAUAAUUCCAAUGAGGCAGCUGGGGGAACCCAUUGGAGUUUGUUGGUUUAUGUCCAGGAUGAAAAUAGCUUUUUUCAUUAUGAUUCCCAUAGCAGAAGCAACUCAGUCCAUGCAAAGCAGGUAGCAGAGAAACUGGAGACUUUCUUAGGCAGAAAAGGCAACAAACUGGCGUUUGUGGAAGAGAAAGCCCCUGCUCAACAAAACAGCUAUGACUGUGGGAUGUAUGUGAUAUGUAACACUGAGGCCUUGUGUCAGAAUUUCUUCAGGCAACGACCAGAAUCACUAUUGCAGCUACUCACUCCUACAUACAUCACAAAGAAAAGAGGAGAAUGGAAAGAUCUCAUUGCCAGACUUGCCAAAAAUUAGCUAUCAAAGAAUGUUUGCGGCUUUUGAAGUCUCCUCUUUCUGCCCAUCCCAUUUAUUGGAUGGCUGUAAUCUCAGUGCCUGAAGGAAGAUGCCUGGUAGAGGGAAGCUCAUUUUUCUUAUUUUUCCCUGGAAGAGUGUCAUCCUCUGCAAUUAUCCACAUGGAACGUUUCACUUUAACCCUAACUUGAGAGCAAUAUGCUCUGUGAAAAUAUCUUGAGGUUAUGCAUCAAAACCUUAAAACCACACUGUCUUAACAUUUAUUAAGUCUCUGUUUGUCUCCCUUAUUCUUAUUGGCUUAUUCAAAGGAAACACAGCGAUAUGUCAUUCCAGAGUAAUGUUAAAGGAAACCAAGUAUAUGUCAUAUCCAGAGUAAUGUGAGAAGAACAUUAAAGACGAACCAAAAACUUACUGCACAGUCCUACAUAUUUAAAGAGAUCAACUGGCUAAAAGCAGGUCAAGCUCUAACCUAAUUCAAGAUCUAAAUAUUAUGAGACUCAGUUACUCAAUUCUGUGCUAUCUCUUCCAUUCACCAUGCAGAGGCUUUCCUGCCCAUCUUUGUAACCUUUGCAGAUAUUUGAUAAAGAUGAUGUUAGCCCAUCUUUCCCCACUCGAUUCCUGGAAUGCUUUAAGAAAGGGGAAUCUUUAACUUCAUUAAAAUAAAUGGCUGUUUGCUCACUGUAUGGGUCGACUUGCUAUUCUGCAUUGAUUACAGCUUUUCUUCACCUUCUGUUAGCCAUGUACACACUUCUUCCUUUUAUAUCCAAAGUUCUGUGGUUUGAAAACGCAUAGCUGAUAACUUCCCAAGGUUGCCUGUUAUUUCUAAGAAAUAUUGCUGUUUUCUAAUAGUCAUAGUUUUUCCUUUCCUCUCUAUCCAUUAUCUGGCAGAAUUGUUUUCAGUUAUACCAUAGUGAUUUCGGGACUAUUAUUAUAUCUGAAACUCGCAAACUAAAAGUUGGCUUGUUUUUUGUGAUUAUAAAGCAGAAAAAGUGACCUUUCUCAACCCUGUCACUUACUCAAAACGCAGACGAUGUAACUUUUAAAAUAUGGAACUAAGAAUAAAAAGAAAUUCUAUCCCUCCUAA